CACCCACCCACCCAGCAAGACACAUAGAUAGAUCGAUAUUCCCACCCCCACGGAAAGCAUGUCCUCACGCAUGUCUUUCGCCGCCCGGCCAGUCUCCUCGCAGACGCCCGGCCACGCCGGGACUGCUGGCUUUGUCCCAGCCAGCACGCACACCUGGCGGAGGGUCCUCUUCCGGAAGCAGGCCUUUGCAGAUAACCAUGUCGGCCCGGCCUUCAUGGCUGGCCUCCGUCGGAACACCAAUGUCCGGGUGCGAGACUUCCGUCCACUGGCCGCCGCCGCUGCCGCCACGCUCGCAUGGCACUUGACCGUGGUGGCCCUCUUCCUGUCACUUUUUUUCAUGUCCUGGAACGCUCUUGACCAAUCCCGGGGAGCCGAUGCCCGUGCAAGUUCCCCGGCCGCACUUGAGGCCCCCCCGAUGCAUGCUCUCCUACCCGAGGCCCUUGAUUGCCCGGCCUUCCAGUACUUCAACUUCUGGCCCAUGGGCCAGGAUGACCUCCUCUCCCCCGGGGAGGGGACGCUCUCCCCCUCGUCGGGGCCGUCGUCUCCCAUGUGCGAGCAUCCGGUCGUUCGCCGCGCAACCCUGGUCCUUGGGACCGUGGCACUUGGCUCUGCCGCCGCCGCCAUCCUCGCCACCCUCAGCUGGUAUCUGCUGGUGGAGACCGGAUCGGCCGGGGCCCCCUCAAGCGAGGCCCACAUGCCCGCAAUGCUCUCAGACCUUUUGGCCCGACACAGGACCGCCUCCGAUGGCCCCCGGCUUGGUGGGCCCUUCCGCUUGGCCGGCCACUGGCUGGCCGAUGUGGCUUCCUUGCUGCAUGCCAGUGUCCAAUGCUUUGGGCACCUAGCUCGGCACAUCCUCCGCGAGCAGCUGAUCGACUGGAUUGCCCCUCCGAUCGUGGCUUGCCUCGUCGCGCGGUCCUUCGUCCCGGUGGCCCUGGCCGCCUUGUCGCGAUACUCCAAUGACACGAUCGCCGCCCUGGGCAUCACCGUCGGCGCCGGAUAUCUAGCUGCACCGCCCUAUCGGGAGUUCUCCACCCCGCCGGCGGCUCGGCCUGCGCCUCCGGGCUCCCUCUCGCCCCGGACGCCCAGCACUCCGGCCACGCCGGGCCCCCUGCCGGCAGGGGCCCCCAUGGCGCCCGCCUGCUCGCCACUUCGGCAGCGACUUCGCCCGGCAGCCGAGGCCUUCAGCCCGGCGGACUUCCUGGCCUCUCUGACCAGCCAUGGCAACACCCUCGGCGGAGACCUCUUUUCCGUGUCGCUGGCCGUCCUCGGGGCCGGGCUCGCGGCCUCCCGGUUGGAGGCAUGUGCCAGCCUCUCCAGUGCCCUCUGGGCAGCUGGGCUUUUCCUUUCCCUUGCCUGGGCAUCCAUUCGCCGGGCGUCUUCCCUCGGCGGUGAUGGCUUCCAAUACCUUCCGCCUUUGUCGACCCUCCUGGUGCCGAUGACCUGCGUGGCCCUUUGGAGUUCGCUCCCCGCAACUGUCAGCAGUGACGUGGUGUACCUGCCGCUGCUCCCACCGGUCUCGCCGGCCCUCAUGGCUGUUCUUCUCUAUCUGACCGUCUGGCUGGGAGUGGUCUUCCUGGCGCCGGCCUGGCUGAUCUACUCCAUGCGCUGGAAGGACGAGAUCAAGGGCCCUUGGGACGAGGCAGUCAUCGUUGUGGCGCAAAGUGACGAUGGGUAGUCCUCCUCCGGCCCUCGCCGGGCACGAAAUCCCCCUGUUGGUCACCCUCCCCCCCCCC